AGCUUUUAAUCUUUCACUACAUGCACCGCAUGGCUUUCUCCGUGAUCCGAUCAAGUCAAAGCCUAGUUAGACCAUGCGAGCAGACACCGAUCGCCACCCUUGAUUUAUCGGAAAUCGACAGCUUGCCCGUCCUAAGAAGAAACGCUCGAACACUGCAUGUGUAUAGACAUGGGGAAUAUCACCAAGUAGCCAAACUUAUAAAAGAAGCUUUGUCGAAAGCAUUGGUUCCAUAUUACCCUCUUGCAGGACGACUGAAAGUGUCUGAUGUUAAUGGUGGAGGUCAGCUUCAAGUUGAAUGUAGUGGACAAGGUGUGUGGUUGGUCGAGGCAUAUGCUAAUUGUUCACUUGAUGCUGUCAAUUACUUUGAUGAUACUGUUGCCUCCCACUCGAACAAAUAUGAUGAUCUUCUUCCUCGAGGAGCUGAAGGACUUGACCUACUUCUACAAAUGCAGGUGACUGAAUUUGAAUGUGGUGGAUUCGUGGUUGGCAUCAAAUUCAGCCACAGCAUCUGCGACGGCUUAGGAUCUGCACAGUUUCUCAAUGCUGUUGGCGAGAUGGCAAGGGGCAUCAAGCACCCGAGUAUUACACCAGUAGUGUGGAAACGAGACUUCUUUACAAAAUCUCUGCCCAAACAACAGAUGAAUCUAAACACCACCACCACUACUACUACAGUGCCGAACUACCAGCUACAACAUGCUAACAUAGACAUUUUCACGGACCAAAUCAAUUACUUGAAGCGAGAAAUUCAGGAAUCCACCGGCCGGAGUUGCUCUUCUUUCGAAGUUGUAGCUGCCGUGUUGUGGAUUUGUCGAACUAGGGCUGUGAUUGUGUCAAACCACUCGAGGCAAAAUACACAAGUAGAGCUGGUUUUCUUUGCUAAUUGCCGUCACCUUGUCGACCCUCCAUUGCCGAAAGGCUUCUAUGGAAACUGUUUCUUCCCCGUCACGGUAACAGCUUCAAGUGAAGCACUGGCUCAUUCGUUACUCGCUGAUGUGGUGGAAAUGAUCCAAGAAGCCAAGGCUAAGCUUCCAAAUGAGUUUACCAAUUACAUCAAAGAGGGUCAUCAGAUUGACGAUGAGGACCCGUUUGCCCCAGCUCUAAGUUACACAACGUUGUUUAUAUCGGAGUGGGGAAAACUAGGAUUCAACCAGGUCGAUUUCGGUUGGGGGUCACCAGAUCAUGUCAUCCCUAUACAAGCCUCUGCAAUCAUGCCGGCUGCAAUUGUGGGGACUCUACCUUUGCCACAGAAAGGUAUCCGUCUAAUAACUUGGUGCGUGGAAGAGAUCCAUCACCAAACCUUUAUUGAUCACAUAAUGAAAAUGAUCGGGAAAUGAAGCUUGUUACCUCAAAUGACCUCUGUUUCGGAACUUGUAUCCGAUCAAUUCUAAUUCUAGUUCUAUUUCAGCUUUUAUCGUAAAAGAAGAUGAAAGUAUGUACUCCUAUAUAAAAGUUAACAACUAUGAAA